AUGGCAUCUCUCAAGCUGUCAGAUAACGGCGAGGGUUCUUCUAGGGACCCUCGAUCACCGCCGAUCUCGACCUCCCCAGGACGUUCCGGAUCUCCUGUUCCAGAGGGUGGGAUUAGACAAGCCUCUAUUGCGAGACUGGCUUCUCCAGUACCUUCUUUGCCGAAUUCCUACUCGUCGAGGCAACUGCCAGUUCCAAUCCAGACAGCCACGGGCACGGAACAAGACUUGAGGAAAUCUGACAAUCCAUCCUCUCUUACGGGACCCGGGCAAUCCAUGAUUGCAUCUGCGCUUCAGGAAAACUUUGGUCGUUCACCCCCGAGAUUUGGGACACCUCCGAGAAUUGGGACUCCCCCAAGAUCUACAGGGUCACCCGCUUUGCCGAACCUAGAUAAGCCGGUCAGAUCCAACUACGGUUCGUUUAAUAACAUCCAAGGAGGUGAAGGGUCAGAGUAUUCUGCAGGUCCGUACGAGGAUCCAGAAGUGGUGAAGAGACAUUUGGUACAGCCUCAACACGCUGAAGAACCGGGUUUUUCGGCGGAUGUUGGGACAGGCCAAGGCGAUGACGAAUUCUCCAGCUUGCAGCUCCAGGGAGGCGAUAUGACAAGGCAGGUUUACCGAUGGGCAGAGGAAGCCGAUGCUGAGGGUAACGGACGCAAACAUCUCCGGAGCAAGAGUUUCAGUUUCAAUAGGCCUGCGCCGCGGAACGAAACGAUGGACAUUAACUCGAUCCGAGUGCCGGGAGGGUUCCGCAGAGACUACAUACGCAGAGCAGCAGGUAGCCCUCAUCCAGGAGCUGUCGAAAGUUAUGGGGCGCAUGAAGCUUCCGCUCAACCUCACCUUCCGACCAAUAACUUCCUCGAGUUCUUGACCCUGUACGGCCACUUUGCGGGCGAAGAACUUGAGGAGGACGAUGAAGCUUUGGGACCAGAUGAAUACUUUUCCUCUUGGGAUGAAUAUGAUGGAAUAGAAAGGGAGCCUGGUGAAGACUCGGCCCUCCUUCGACCAGAGACCCCCGGCAGGAGAAGACGUAAGCCACGCGGUGGGACAGGGAACAACACAACUACCGGAGCAGCCCUCCUUCUGCUCAAGUCUUUUGUUGGCACCGGUGUUCUUUUCUUGCCGAGAGCAUUCUUGAAUGGUGGUAUGCUUUUCAGUAGCUUGGUCCUUCUUGCUGUGUCGUCACUCAGUUAUUAUGCCUUUAUUCUUCUGGUCAACUCUCGACUCAAGAUUGAGGGUUCGUUUGGUGAUAUCGGUGGUGUACUUUACGGGAAACAUAUGCGCCGAAUUAUUCUCGGAUCCAUCGUGCUGAGCCAGCUGGGAUUCGUGUCUGCGUAUAUCGUUUUUACUUCGCAGAAUCUGCAGGCGUUUGUCCUGGCUGUCAGCAAGUGCAAAUCAUUCAUUGAUAUCAAGAUUAUGGUAUUGCUUCAGCUGGUCAUUUUCCUGCCACUUUCCUUGAUCCGCGACAUUAGCAAGCUUGGGUUCACCGCGCUCAUUGCAGAUUUGUUUAUCUUGUUGGGAUUGAUCUAUAUCUAUUAUUACGAUAUCGGCACUAUCGUUGAGCAGGGCGGAAUUUCGGAUGUCAAACCCUUCAAUCCAUCCACCUGGACGCUCUUUAUCGGAACCGCUAUCUUCACAUACGAGGGUGUUGGCUUGAUCAUUCCCAUUCAAGAAUCUAUGAAGCAGCCAAGAAAAUUCCCAGCUGUCCUUGCCGGUGUCAUGGUAGUCGUUACGGCCAUCUUUCUCUCCGCGGGUGCUCUUAGCUACGCGGCUUACGGAUCUUCUACUAAAACCGUGGUCCUUCUUAAUCUUCCCCAGGAUGACAAGUUGGUGAACGCAGUGCAGUUCCUGUACUCCCUGGCGAUUCUGCUGAGUACCCCAUUGCAACUCUUCCCGGCCAUUCGUAUUACCGAAAAUGAGCUUUUCACACGCAGUGGCAAGUAUAACCCAGGUAUCAAAUGGAAGAAGAACUGCUUCCGAUUCUUCCUCGUCCUGAUCUGCGCUUUUGUUGGCUGGGGUGGUGCAGAUGACCUUGACAAGUUUGUCUCGCUGGUCGGAAGUUUCGCGUGUGUGCCGCUUAUUUAUGUUUAUCCGCCUCUUCUGCACCUCAAAGCCUGUGCAAAAUCACGAAGGCAGAGAAUCGCCGAUAUUGUACUUGCUUGCUUUGGAGUGAUCUGCUGUCUCUACACCACCUCGUUAACAAUCGCCAACUGGGUUGGUGGAGAGGUCGAAGCGACACCUGGAUAUUGUGAUUCAUGA